UUAGUACAUUAAUUUAUCAAAUCAUUCUUAGUACAUUAAUUUAUCAAAUCAUUUCUGCAAAUUAUUAUUUAUCAGGCGAAUGUGCCAAAUUAGUUUUUAGUAUAUAAUUUCCAGGGAAACAUUUUUCUCUGCUACACUUGAGAGACAACAUUAUUUCAGUCAGUCUGUGAUGUGUAAAACCUCUACAGAGAAAGCAAACACAUUUUUCUCUGCCACACUUGAGAGACAACAUUAUUUCAGUCAGUCUGUGAUGUGUAAAACCUUUACAGAGAAAGCAAACACAUUUUUCUCUGUCACACUUGAGAGACAACAUUAUUUCAGUCAGUCUGUGAUGUGUAAAACCUCUACAGAGAAAGCAAACACAUUUUUCUCUACCACACUUGAGAGACAUUAUUUCAGUCAGUCUGUGAUGUGUAAAACCUCUACAGAGAAAGCAAACACAUUUUUCUCUGCCACACUUGAGAGACAACAUUAUUUCAGUCAGUCUGUGAUGUGUAAAACCUCUACAGAGAAAGCAAACACAUUUUUCUCUGUCACACUUGAGAGACAACAUUAUUUCAGUCAGUCUGUGAUGUGUAAAACCUCUACAGAGAAAGCAAACACAUUUUUCUCUGCCACACUUGAGAGACAACAUUAUUUCAGUCAGUCUGUGAUGUGUAAAACCUCUACAGAGAAAGCAAACACAUUUUUCACUGCCACACUUGAGAGACAACAUUAUUUCAGUCAGUCUGUGAUGUGUAAAACCUCUACAGAGAAAUCAAACACAUUUUUCUCUGCCACACUUGAGAGACAACAUUAUUUCAGUCAGUCUGUGAUGUGUAAAACCUCUACAGAGAAAGCAAACACAUUUUUCUCUGCCACACUUGAGAGACAACAUUAUUUCAGUCAGUCUGUGAUGUGUAAAACCUCUACAGAGAAAGCAAACACAUUUUUCUCUGCCACACUUGAGAGACAACAUUAUUUCAGUCAGUCUGUGAUGUGUAAAACCUCUACAGAGAAAUCAAACACAUUUUUCUCUGCCACACUUGAGAGACAACAUUAUUUCAGUCAGUCUGUGAUGUGUAAAACCUCUACAGAGAAAGCAAACACAUUUUUCUCUGCCACACUUGAGAGACAACAUUAUUUCAGUCAGUCUGUGAUGUGUAAAACCUCUACAGAGAAAUCAAACACAUUUUUCUCUGCCACACUUGAGAGACAACAUUAUUUCAGUCAGUCUGUGAUGUGUAAAACCUCUACAGAGAAAGCAAACACAUUUUUCUCUGCCACACUUGAGAGACAACAUUAUUUCAGUCAGUCUGUGAUGUGUAAAACCUCUACAGAGAAAGCAAACACAUUUUUCUCUGCCACACUUGAGAGACAACAUUAUUUCAGUCAGUCUGUGAUGUGUAAAACCUCCACAGAGAAAGCAAACACAUUUUUCAACAUCCAAUACAAACACAAGCAUUAGCAAUGACAGUAAUAU